GGUGUGUAUGCGCUUUUCUGUCACCAGAGGGUCGCAUCGGUAAAUCGAUGUUUGUAAUGUAUGAGGCCUGGGCUGAGAAACUGUAAGUAAUCAAUGACAGCCAAAAUCAUGCAAACAGGAGCGCAUGUGCGGUCACAUGUGCGGUCAUAUGUCCAAGGAGCGAACGUGUCAAAACUACAACUCCCGGCAUCCUCGGUGUCGCCACUGUACCGAAUUUUCAAGGACAAUGGAAACGCCAGAUUUACCUGUCGAGAUCAUCACGUACAUCCUGACGUUCCUACACGCUCCUGACAGGAAGGAGGCUUCUUUGGUCUCUAAAAGCUGGUACAUCGCUAGUCAGGACCCCCAGUUCCAGAAGAACCUCACCUUCAAGUUUCCGGCAUCCUCGUCCUCCCUGGACGUGAUCCGUGGCCUGGCUAGGCUGCCGCGCUGCAGUCUGGUCAUCACUCACCUGGACACCUCACAUGCGUCGCGUGAGGUGCUCGCUCAGGUGGGCCGACAUCUGGGGCCACGACUCGAGAGCCUGUCUUUGCCGAGGAGCAGUGUGACUGAGUCCAGCCUACUGGGCCUCCUCCCCCGCCUCACCGCUCUGCGUCGCCUGGACCUUAGUGGCCUGGACAGCCUCUUCAUGUCAGGUGCCUUCCUGUCCCGAGAGGAUAUGCGUAGGCAGGUGCAGGCGGCUCUGACGCACCUGGAGGAACUGGACCUCUCUGGCCUGCGCUACCUGUCUGAUGUUUCCUUCAACCGGUUGACAGGCUGCACCCCGCACCUGCGGCACCUCUCGCUGGCCGGCUGUCACAUCGCCUUUGAGUUUGACCCUUACCGCGGUUGUCCUGUAGGACCGGACUCUUCUGCAUUGCUGUCGCUGCGCAACCUGCACCGGUUGCUACUGCAACAGGUUGGCACUAUGCAGAGCCUAGACCUGAGCAGGACCAGCAUCACUCCUGAGUCUCUCAAGGCCCUGGUCAAGGUGGAAGGGCUCUGCCUGCAUGAGCUGCGCCUGCGGGGCUGCAAGGAGCUCACGGACCAGGCGCUCGUCACCCUCUGCAGGUACCAGCCUGCGCUCAGGACCCUGGACAUCAGCGCUUGCAGUGAGCUCACAAAUGCUGCUGUACUCGCUGUGGCAUCUGGCCUCAAGGACCUCCAGCACCUCUACCUGUCCCGGGACUGGAGGGUGACGGACAAAGGGCUGUCAGAGCUUGUGAUGCUGAAGGACCUGCAGACUCUGGACGUUUCGGAAUGCGUUCACAUCAGUGGCACAGAGCUGGCGAAAAGCCUGACUGGCCCACAGGCCAAGGCCCAGCUGGCUUCUCUCAACUUCAGGAACUGCAGCUACAUCCGGGACCUUGCUGUUUUCUCACUGGCCCAGACGCUCGGCCCCCGACUGCGUGAACUCGACCUCACUUCCUGCCCGUACCUGACAGACCUGAGUGUGAGUGCCAUCUCCACAUACCUGCCAGCCUUGGCGGUGCUGAGGCUCGGCUGGUGCAAGGAGAUCACAGACUGGGGGCUGCUGGGAAUGGAGCAGCCCUCUAAAGAGCACAAUCCUGACAAAGAUCUGGAGGACAAAGGGCCCAGCUUCACACGCACCUUUGGGAACAUGGGCUUCUUCCAGCCACCCCCCUUGCCAUUCUCAGAGAAGCCCCAGCAAGUCACAGAGGAAUAUCUGGGAACCUUCCGGAAGCAAGAAGGCGCCUCACUGCUUGCACUCAGGAGCCUCCAGGAGCUGGAUCUGACUGCAUGCUCCAAGCUGACUGACACCAGCAUCACACAGGUGCUACGGUACCCAGAUCUGCAGUGGCUCUCCCUCUCCAUGGUGACAGACAUCACUGAUGAGAGCCUGGUAUCAGUGGCCCAGCACUGCCGCAGUCUGCGCAGCUUGCACCUGUCCCACUGUCCCCUACUGAGCGACGGGGGUGUGGCAAGUGCAGCCCCCUUCCUACGGAGGCUGGAGCACCUCCACCUGGCAGCCUGCCCCCUCAUCACCAACAGGUCUGAAAGGUCCCUUGCUGCCCUCACCCAGCACUGCAAGCGCCUGCAGUCUCUGGACAUCUCCAGAUGCAAAGCCAUCACGAUGCGAGCAGUCGAGCACCUCCACUCGCAGCUGCCCUUCCUGGAUAAUGUCCACUGCCGUUUCGUGGGUGCGGCGGACCCCACCUUCAUGCCCUGAUGGUGCUACUCAUACAGUUUUGAAAACUUUGUUAGGCUUAGCCUGCUCUGUUCCUUGCUUCACUUGAAACACAGGAGCUUCUCUGCAUUGGAAACCAAAAUGUCUCCACAGAUCAUAGCCAAUGCUGACUACUAAAUGUUUUUUUUUAUUAUUUUUUAUUCAAAGAGACUUGCAGAUUUACCCAUUAAAAUAAAAUAUAAAGAUUCAAACCAGGUUAACAAAUACAUUUCUGAAGAGUUCUGCAACAGCACUCCUCCUGCAACCUGAACCCAGAAGCUCCAGGUUGCAACUCCAUGUGCUGAACCUGUAUAUAACCUAUUGUCCCCCUUGCAAGCAUCACAUCAUUUAGUAAGUAUUGUGAAUCACCACAUAUUACAUUAAUCCAGCUGCAUUCCCUAGGGAUGUCCCUGUGGUCAGACCGGUGAACAUUCAUAUUCAUGGUGCAGGUAGCGUGAAUGUCAACGCAAACAUAUCCUACAGAUGUUCGUUUGCUUGUAUGGUUCCUGCCAGUUAUUUUUAUAAACAAAUCUGUAUCCAGCAUUUAGUCCAAAAGAAUUAAGAUCUAAAUUUCUUCUUGCUCAGAGUCUGAGAAAUCAUUCUGCUAAAGUAACCAUAAAGUAACGAAAGCCAUCAUGGGCAUCCCUUCAAGACAAAUGUAAUAACUGCUCCAAAAGCUGUCUAGAUGUACCACUGUAUAUACAAUACCAGAGUAAUAAUUGAGGGGAGAAAAACUGAAGUACCACUCUAUGAAUAUAGUUCAAGUUCAGGUUGUUUUCGUCAUUCCUCUAUACAGCUUGUGUACAGUGGAACAAAAUGUUGUUUCUUCAGAGACCGUGG